AUGAAGAUUGCUGUCGCAACUACGUAUAGCUUUGCGUGCGGUAAGGAGGAUUUGGCCUGCAGCACAAUACACAAAUGCAGGUCAAAAACAGGCGAAAAGUACAGCCAAGCAGGAACGCCGCCAGCGCAAACGAAAACGGUGAACGACUCAAUAUUGCAGACUGCAGCACGAGAAGCCUACGAGCAGCUCAUAGGGGCACCGUUCCGAGUGGCAGGGAAGGGGCGACGGCGCCAGCGCCAGAGCGUGUGUGGCACAAAAAACAGAAAGCAGGGUGCACAACAUAAAGCGCGACGUAACACGACAGGUCUGUUGUGGUGGGCGCAGAGAUAUCCAGAUUCGGCCGUUGCUGGCGAGGAACUGCUACGUUGCGCUGUGCCACGACAAGAUCGCGCUAUCGCUGUAUUCCGGGAGAUGGCAAGCGUGCGGCGCAGAACUGCAGAAAUGCAACUAAAAAAUAGAUCAGAUGCCAUUGCGCGACGGUGCAGAGCUGUUAUUCAAAGACUGGGCCACCCGAACGGCAGCAUUGUCACGCAUGGCCGGUCCGCAGACCUGGGACAGCAACAUGGACACUCUGUAGACGACCUGCAGGAGUUUUUUGAGAAGCUGGACGUGCACAUCUCUUCGGAGACAGGCUUCGCCAACAACCUGUGCCGUAUGGUGCCAGUGCUGGUUCUGCCGCAACGCAGGCCCGAGGCGUGCAAACGCAGCUUGGACCAUCCACAACAUCGACGUCGAUGA